AUGGGUUUCACAGUUGCACAAGGACUCAUGCUUGUGCUGCUAAUUGCUUCCACAAUGGCACUUAGCACAGCCAACAAGGGUUGGCAAUUUGGGAAUUGGCCUUACCGUGGCCUUUACCACCCCAAUAAUAUACAAACUUCCAAUAGGAUCAUCGUGGGCAACUCCUACCACUGGAACUAUGGCUUUAACUACACCGAUUGGGCAAUCAAACAUGGCCCUUUCUACCUAAAUGACACUCUAGUUUUCAAAUAUGAUCCACCAACUCCAAACUCAUAUCCUCGUAGUGUUUACUUGCUACCAAACCUCCAGAGCUUCAUUAAAUGUGACUUGAGAAAUGCCCAGAAGUUGGGAAAUGCGACACAAGGAGCUGGGGAGGGCUUUGAGUUUGUGCUAAAAAGGCCAUGGCAACCUCACUACUUUGCUUGCGGUGAGCAUGAUGGCAUUCAUUGCAAGAAUGGAACCAUGAAGUUCUUUGUGAUGCCAAUAUACCGCUGCAAAUAA